AUGGGUGCCCUCAAGUAUGUCGAGGAACUUCAGAAGAAGAAGCAGUCCGAUGUGAUGCGCUUCCUUCUCCGCGUUCGCUGCUGGGAACUUCGUCAGUUGAACGUCAUUCACCGCGCCUCGCGCCCUUCGCGCCCCGACAAGGCCCGCCGUCUCGGCUACAAGGCCAAGCAGGGCUACGUUGUCUACCGCGUCCGCGUCCGCCGUGGUGGCCGCAAGAAGCCCGUCGCCAAGGGUGCCACUUUCGGCAAGCCCACCAACAUGGGUGUGAACCAGCUCAAGUACCAGCGCUCUCUCAAGGCCACCGCUGAGGAGCGUGUCGGCCGCCGCUGCGCCAACUUGCGCGUCCUCAACUCGUACUGGGUGAACCAGGACUCGACCUACAAGUACUACGAGGUCAUCCUUGUCGACCCCCAGCACAAGGCCAUCCGCAUCGACCCCCGCAUCAACUGGAUCGUCGCCCCCGUCCACAAGCACCGCGAGGCUCGCGGCCUCACCGCCACCGGCAAGGCUUCGCGCGGUCUCAACAAGGGUCACCGUUACAACAAGACCCGUGCUGGCCGCAGAAAGACCUGGAAGCGCCACAACACCCUGUCCCUCUGGCGCUACAGGUAA